AUUAAUUUUGCCAAACCUUUGGAUCAAAAUGAAGAAUUGGAUUACAAUUCAUACCAUUAUUCGUCCAUUUCUUGACAAUCACUUCAAUUUAGAGGAAUUCAUCGAUGGCUCCAAACAAGCUUUGAUCCAUAUAUCCCACUGUUUGGCCGAUGGAAACUUGGAUUCACUCAAAGAUGUCAUCAGUGAUGAGGCGUUGAUUGAAAUCCGUCACAACUUUCCUAAACUAAAUGCCAAACAAAUAGAAGACUUGAGAAUUGUUUCAACGGAUAUCUUGUAUUCAUUUGUCCACACAAUCGGAAUCAUUAUGAAUGACAACAACAAUCGUUGGGUUGAGAUAACUGUUGUCUACUAUUGUCUCCAUAAAUACCAAACAUUGAGCGAAAGGAAAGAAAUUUCGUUCGAAGACUUUAAGGAGAAGUUUGGCCCCAAUAUUACAAUUUGUAAUUAUAGGUUUAUUAGAGACUAUACUAAAGGAGUGGAAAACGACUGGACUGUCAAUCUUUUGGCACAUUUCACUAAAGAUAACUUCUAAGCAUUGGUUCUCGUUGUGGGAAAUUGAAGUGAAAGUUGCCUUAUAUUAAAACAGUGUUACUUUACAUCGUUUACAAUAAACUAUCUUUUGAUGUUAUUUUGAGUGACAUUUAGAUUAUAG